AUGGUAGGUAUGAGUGAGGUGGGUGGUGAUAGUGGAAUGGUUGGUGAAUGUGGGGUGGGUGGUGAGAAUGAGAUGGUAGGUGUGAGUGAGGUGGGUGGUGAGAAUAAGAUAGUAGGUGUGAGUGAGGUGGGUGGUGAGAGUCGAAUUUCCCUAAUUCAACUAUAUGUUAAUGACUCGAUAUUUGUGUUCAUUACAGGUUAUGAUCUGAUAGAAUGGCUAAUGGAAAAUUUAGACAUUCAAGAUUCUAUAGAAGCACUGCACCUUGCUAAUCUAUUUUGCCAGUACGGAUACAUAUUUCCAGUUCAGGAUAUCAAAAACUUAGUUGUAAAAGAUGACAGUACAUUGUACAGAUUCCAAAGUCCUUAUUUCUGGCCGUCACAGAAUUGGGAUCCUGAUAAUGCUGACUAUGCUAUUUAUCUUGCCAAGCGUUCUAUGAGAAACAAGCAGCGACACGGACUAGAUGACUAUGAAACAAAUGCAUUUACUAAGCUGCAAAGGAUGUUGUGUCAUAAAUGGGAAUUUGUCUACAUGCAGGCAGAGGAACAAAUCAGAAUUGCUAAGCAGAGAAAGAAAUCUGAUAAAAUUGUACUUGAUAGUCAAGAGAGAGCCUUCUGGAGGGUUCACAGGCCGCCUCCUGGGCAAAUCAAUUCACUGGAGUCAAGUAUCAAGAGAAACUGUCGAAUGACUACAUAUAAUGUAAAGAAACGUAGGACACUGGAAGACUACAAAAAACAGAUUGCAUAUCUGCAGAGAGCGUUACAGAGACCUAGAUUAAAAACUUCUAAAGCAAUCCAUUACCUUAUACAACACUGUGAGCAGUAUGCAGAGCAUGAUCCCAUCAUAUCUGGAGCCCAGCCUAGUAAUCCAUGGGUGACUGAUGACACCACAAUGUGGGUCCUUAAUACUGUGCUGGUUGACAUUCCAACUGAGCGACGUGUCAAGAGAUGGGCCAUUAGUCUCAAAGAAUUGUUAUCAGAUGCAACAGGCAGACAUGAAUUUGAAAUGUUUCUAAGAAAAGAGUACAGUCAAGAAAAUAUACGAUUCUGGCAAGCCUGUGAGGAACUGAAGUUCUCUCCGCAAUCACAAAUUGAACAAAAUGUACAAGAAAUUUACAAGGAGUUUCUUGCGACUGGUGCACGUUGUGAAAUUAACGUGGACGGUAAGACGGUAGAAGUGACGCAGAAAGCAUUACAGAAACCAUGUAGAUUCACAUUUGAGGCAGCACAGACACAUAUAUUUAUGUUAAUGAAGAAAGACAGUUAUCCACGUUUUCUGAGAUCAGAUGCAUACAAGAAUUUAUUGGCUCAUUCCUUACAGCCUUCAUCUAAGAAAAAGUUUUUCACAUUUGGUAACCGAUUGAAGACUGCAAAGGUUACACCGAAUGCAUCACCACAGCCAUUGAGAAGACGUGGUAGUGCUAACGAUAUGACACAUAAAGCACACAAUGCAAGACAUGGUUUAUCUCUGAGUACUGGAAACCUACAAGACUUGGAUAAGAGUGAUGAGAAAAUAAAUGCUGAUUUUCUGUAUAGUGAUGUCUACCAAGGUGGUGAAUCAAAAGAAAAUUCCCCUAACCAAUCACCAACGUCAAACAAAAAAUUCAUCAUUGGUUCUCCCAUCACGUCACGAAAGAAAGUCAACUUCACCACACAAGAGCAUGUCAAUAUGUCACUAGAAGUACCAAAAAGAUAUCCUGUCAACUCUCCAGAUUCCCCUGAAGUGGACACCAAUAGCAAACCCCUGUCCUUUCCUGUGCCUUCCAAAAAGAGUUUAAUAACGCCAUGGGAAGAGCAAGACAUUCCAACAGAUUCCAGCUUAAAUUGAUCGCUUACAUUAGUAAUAUACACUAGUGUAUUAUCAUAUUACUCAUGGAAUUCCCUGCUGUCCCGCCUAACACAGCAGCAAUAAAUUUACCUAACUUUGCAGGGAUAUUAGCCUAACUUAGUCAUUUUUCCCUACAUAAUAUAAGAUUGAUUUUUGACAUAUCAGUAAUUCUGACGUGUGGUAUUACAAUGUUCAUUAUCACAAAGCUUCUGUUACUUGACUACCUUUUUUUUUGCAAGAAAUUCAUGGUAUAUAUCUAUCCUUUUGUGGUUCGAUAUAAUU